AUGGCAAGGGGGAGCGUAUUCAUGUCUGCAAUGGAUAAGGAUAGAAUAGAAACAGUGAUCGCCCCAUGGCGGUCAUCAAAUCAACAGCCAGCUUUCACCUUCGACCAGCUCGUCGCUAUAGCCACCCGAAUGAUGGACGACAAUGAAGCGUCGGAGGCUCGUAUCGCAGACUGGAUCUCGGCUACCUUUCCGUUCUAUGCCAAGUCCACAGAACAAAUUCACAAGGAGCGCUUCGACUCUCGCGACACACCGGAUGCAAAUUCAUCAGCAUUCGACUUUUUCGCAUUGUCGCCGGAACUGAGAAACGCCAUAUACGAAAUGGUCUUCUCAUACGGCAAGGCCGGACUAUUUGUUGGGAGCGACAAGUUUGUGACAACGAGCACGCUCUGGGAUGGAUGUCCCAGGAUUAUAUGGCCACCUUCACUUGACAUCCCGGGGAAAUUCUUGGUUUUGGAAGCCCUGCUCGUCAGCAAACAUUUCUACGUCGAAGCUAUGCCGGUGUUCUACCGAGUAAACCUCUUCCACUGUGGAGAAAUUUGGAGCCUCUGCGACACUCUAAAACACCUGGCCCCAUGUAGGGCACAGCACUUAACCCACCUCUCGUUUCACUACAAGGGCACCGAGAGCGGCGCAGCCGAGGCUUUCGCCCUCCUGGGUCAGCUGGAGCACCUUCGCAAGCUCGACAUCCAUGUCUUCGAAGACUACUGGCUCGUCAGGGGGAGGCGCUCUGGACAGGAAGAGGACAAGGUGCAUGUGGGGUCCUCGGUUGUCUACCUGGAAGGCUUGGCCAACCUGCGAGCCAUCAGGGGGCUACAUGUCGUGUCAGUCGGUAACAGUCCAACGCUCGAGCAGGAGCUGAAGCCAGACAUGCUGAGGCCAAAGGCCAGGAACAGUCCAACGCUCGGGCGGGAGCCGACGCCAGACGUUCCUAGGCCAAAGGCUUGGACUUUUGACGACCACGACAGCAUCAAAUCUCUGAAGCAGAGAGUGAUAGAAACGAAGACGAGAGAGGCAGAGAGGGUGGAGAAACUACGAACCACAAUGUUGAGCUGGAAUGUCGAAGCGUCGAGGCUUAAGGCAAAGGCAGAAUACAGCGACGACGAUGAAGAGGAAGAAGAUGGAGAUUGGCUCCCAUUGAGCUCGGAGUAUUUGGCAUAUGCCCGGGCUCCAGAUUCGUGA